GCGAAAAAGAAGGCAGAUGACAAGUCUACAAGUAGCUGGUCGCCCUUAUCUGAUGAUCAGAUAAUCGCGCAUCUCCACUUUAAACUCCUCUUUUAGGGAUUGGCGCAUGUUGAUGUGGGGCAAACCGCCGACGACGUUCACGAAUGUCUCCAUUCCCCCCACCUUGAAGACACCUCCGGCCGGCCGACAUGCGUCAUAACCAUCAUGUCCAUCUUCUUGAUGGGCUCAUGAUCUUUUCCUUUUGAAUCCUUCUCCAUUCAUUGCCUCUCCGACACCAGCGAAGUGUCUUGGUUUGACGACAAACGGACGCUUUCAUCACUUCAUCAACCACUCCUGCUAACCUAAAGUUCCAUCUCCAAUUUCCACACUCGCCCCUGGCACAUCCUCUCAAGUCACUUUCAACCAGGCACCUCACAAAGACAGUUAACACAACCAAAAAAAAAUGACCUCCCAACCCUCAACCCGCCGCCUCCGCAUCGGCGUCGACGUCGGCGGCACCAACACCGACGGCGUCAUCCUUGACCCCUCUUUGGUGGCCUCUGGGCCCUCCAAGGGCAUCCUAGCCCACCACAAGACCGCCACGACGCCCAACCCCAGCGACGGCAUCAUCACCGCCAUUACCACCAUGUUCACUCAAGUUGAAGCCACCCACGCCGAUAUCCGUCCCCAGGACGCCAUCGCCAGCGUCACCAUCGGCACCACGCACUUCGUCAACGCCGUCAUCGAGCGGGACCCCUCCCGUCUCUCGCGCGUCGCCGUCCUCCGUCUGUCCGGCCCCUUCUCCAAGCACGUCCCGCCCUGCGUGGACUGGCCCGAGGACAUGCGCUCGUUGAUCCUAGGCUACCACGCGCGCGUGAAGGGCGGGUUGGAGGUAGACGGGUCGUUGAUCAGCGAUAUUGACGAGGCCGAAAUCGUGGAGCAAUGUGAAGAAAUCCGCAAGCGCGGUGGGAUCAAAGCGGUGGUGGUUAAUGGCGUGUUUAGUCCCAUUGAUACCACCCACAAACAGGAGGAGAGGGCGGCAGAGAUUGUCAGGCGGGAAUUAGGUGGGCAAGAAGUGGAUGUGGUGUGCUCGAAGGAGGUGGCGAACUUGGGGUUUUUGGAACGGGAGAACGCGGCGGUUUUGAAUGCGAGUAUAUUGAGGUUUGCGAGGCGGACGAUUAGGGAGUUUAGGGAGGCGGUGAGGAGGUUGGGACUGAAGGGUGUGCCGGUGUUUAUUACGCAGAAUGAUGGGACGAUUUUGAAGGGGGAGAAGGCGGCGGAGUUGCCGAUUAAGACUUUCUCGAGUGGACCGACGAAUAGUAUGAGGGGAGCGGCGUUUUUGGUGCAGGGCAUGGAGGAGGGUGGGAAGAAGGAGGUCGGACAGGGAGAGGGAGAGGCGAUGAUGGUGGUGGAUAUCGGUGGGACUACCACUGAUGUUGGGUUGUUAUUGCCUAAUGGGUUUCCGAGACAGCAGGCUGCUUAUAGCGAGUUGGCAGGUGUGAGAAUGAACUUCUCAUGCCCAGACAUCAGAAGCAUCGGUCUCGGCGGCGGUUCCAUUGUCCGAAAGGGCAAAGACGGCAUCACCGUCGGGCCAGACAGUGUAGGCUACAGGAUCAACAAGGAAGCUCUGCUCUUCGGCGGAAGCACGCUUACCACAACGGACUGCACCGUGCUCGCCAACCCAGAUAUCACCAGCAUAGGCGACGCCAGCCUUGUCAAAGACGCACUGACCGAGGCCGAGACCCAGCAGUUCCAGGCCAUCGUCAAGAGCAAGAUCGAGAAGAUAAUCGACAACAUGAAGACUUCACCAGAGAACUUGCCAGUUAUUCUUGUCGGCGGUGGUGCAGUCAUUGCUCCUGAUGAGCUCCAAGGUGCAAGCAAGGUCCUCAAGCCCCGAUGGUCCGAGGUUGCGAACGCGAUAGGAGCUGCCAUUGCUCGCGUCAGUGCUGUUGUGGACACCAUCAAGUCGACCGAGACGAAGACGGAGAAUCAGUUCUUGGAGGAGAUCAAGAAGGAGGCUAUCGAGAGAACCAUUGCAGCUGGUGCUUCGCCCGAGUCUGUCGAGGUCGUUGAGAUUGAGAUGCUGCCUUUGCAGUACGUCGAGAACAAAACUCGUUUCAUCGUCCGCGCAGCCGGCGACUUUGACUUCACACGAUCAGAUUUGUCAAGCGACGACGAGGAGGAGGCAGUCCCAUCAGAGGCCUUGGAGCAGGACUCCUCCAAGCAACAACCCCUUACAGAGAAGACCAAGCCUCAGACACAACCAGCAGAAGUCGAUGUCCUAACCUACACCCCCACCGUCCUCAACCGCAUCUGGCACAUCUCCGAAACAGAUCUCACCUUCAUCUCCACAGGCUGCUACAUCCUCGGCACCGGCGGCGGCGGCUCGCCCUACGCCUCCAUGAUUCUCCUCCGACAACUCCUGCGCUCCGGCGCCUCGGUACGGGUCGUCUCCCCUGCGGACGUGCCCGACACCGCCGCCGUCGGCUGCGGCUGCGGCGCCGGCUCGCCGACGGUGAGCAUCGAGAAGCUGCAAGGCGAUGAGAUGAUGCAAGCGCAGACGGAGCUGUACAAAGCCUUAGCCUCCGGUCAGGGUGGUAAAGCAACGCACAUGAUCGCCCUCGAAAUCGGCGGCGGCAACGGUCUCCAAGGCAUGACGCUCGGCGCCAGCACCAACAUGAACAUCCCCUGCGUCGACGGGGACUGGAUGGGGCGGGCGUACCCGACCAAGUGGCAGACGACGCCCGUGGUAUUCAACGAGCGGUCGCCCAUCUGGAGCCCCAUCGCGGUCGCAGACGGGAAUGGGAACGUGUUGGUGAUGCCCAAGGCGGCGUCGGAUGCCGCCGUGGAAAGGAUCAUUCGUGCAGCGCUGAGCCAGAUGGGCAGCCAGGUGGGCGCGGCUGAUCCCCCCGUGACGGGCGCGGAGAUGAAGAGGUGGGUGGUGGAGAACACGGUGUCGCAGGCGUGGAGGCUGGGGAGGGCAGUGGCGAGGGCGAGGGCGAUGAAUCGGUUGGAUGAGGUGGCGGAGACGAUUGUGGAGGAGUGUGGUGGGGGCAAGAAGGGGGCAGCCAAGGUGUUGUUCAAGGGGAAGAUUGUGGGUGUUAGGAGGACGUUGAGGAUGGGGCAUGUUUAUGGGGAGUGUGUUAUUGAGGGGACGGAUGUGUCGGAUGGUGCUACUACAACAACAGGCGGUGAGAAGAGAACAAGGGGACAACUUGGAGGUCAAGGUGUUGGUGGGGAGGAGGACUUCACUGGCAAGAGGAUCAAGAUCCCGUUCAAGAACGAGAACAUUGCUGCUAUCCGUAUACCGGAGGAUGAUGGUUCUAACGAUGACGAUAACGACGAGAAGAAGUUGGAGAAGCAAGAGGAUGUGCUGGCGAUCGUGCCGGACCUGAUAUCGGUUAUCGACGCUCAAAGCGGUGAAGCCGUGGGCACUCCGGAGUAUCGGUAUGGCUUGCUGGUCAUUGUUCUCGGAAUCGCCGCUUCAGACAAGUGGACGGGGUCACAGAGAGGCAUCGAUCUUGGUGGUCCCAAAGCUUUCGGCUUUGACCACCUGAAGUACGAACCGCUGGGCAGGUUCGUGAAGCCGGUUAGUGUCAUUGAUGAGUUUAAUAGGUCGAUCGAGUAAGGACAUGAGUGCUACUGAGGUAGUCCUUCCAUGCUCUAUCUAUGGUGUACUUGUAGAUCUCAAAUCUCUACUUAGAAGUGGAGAUCUGCCAGGUUAGUCCCGGCUGUAGAUCAGAUGAAAAAGAUGGGCUCGACUGAUUCAGGC